AGAAAAGCUUCGCGAGCUUAAUAUUGGGCAGCUACCGCCCUGGCCUGGCAAAACCCUGCGCCGAGGGGAGGGCCUGGGACGGGCUGUCCGAGCGUCGCUCGGAAAUCCAGACAUGGAAUUUGGGCCUGGAGCGAAGCCAAUCUGCUCGAGGAGCUGUGCAUCUAUCCGCUCGCUCUGCCUCGCUGCACGCGAAAGACUGCCGAGCAAUCCGACACUGCUGCGGUCGAAUUGACGAGGGGCCGAAUUUCCUUCGGCUCUGGGGGCGAAAGGAGGGGAGGGGAGGGCAGGGGAGGAUUUGUCGCCUGCCUCGCUCGUGCUUAUCCCUCGAGCUUCCCCGGAAGGGCGGGGGCGAGGCGCGAGAGCGAGCGAGCGAGCGAGACGAGGAGUGGGACCCGCCGAGGGCAGGAGCGGAGUUCGCAGGCGAGCAGAGCAGGAGGCUGUCGACCACCAGCGCGGAGGCAGGCAGCGAGCGAUUUGUGUGUGUGGCAGAACAGUAAGAGAGGGAGGGAGAUUCUGUUCUGCUUCCUGGACGAGGAAAGGCCGUUGGGGUUUGUCGAUAUGACAUGAGGGCGAGCAUCGCGCGCUCGCGGGAACAAGAGAAUGGCGUCGACGAACGAGGACAAGGAUCCUCCUCGGAAUUGGCAGCUCUUCUCUGACCCUCCUCCCCCCGAAGCCGCUCACCAAAAUCUUCCGCUGCUGACCAGUCUUCUCUCCGGCUUCAAACACCACAUCUGUCGCAACGCCCUUUCUGCCUUCCACCUCGUUUGCCACAACCGUGAUAACUCAACAAAGUUUCAAAACUCCUGUAACCGACAGCUUCUUAUCACGUAUUUGCCGUCACAGAAGCUUUCCUUUUCGUCCAGAUCGCCCUGGGGAACAAUUCCUACUGCUUCCCUUCUUGGAGCACCUGGCAAGGUUUCUCCAGCUCAACCCUCAACGACUGAUGAAUCUACUUCAACCGCCGUUGAUGGCACUGUGCCUGCUUCAAGCACAGGACCCGCCUUUAUUGGGCAGGUAUUUACCAUGUGCGACGCAUCCAGGAGGGGACUCAUAGCUGUGCGACCUGUCGAUUCCCCAAAGACGAAGAAGAUUCCUUAUUUGCCCGCUUUCCUCUCUUCGAAGCUGGGUGAGUGGGUGGACAAGGCGAUCGGGCAUGUCAACAAAGAAGACAUGAAAGGUCCAAUUUUCCGGUUCUACUUCGACAAAGAGGAUGCCAAUACAUAUGUCAAACAGCUAGGCCUAGCUGGCAGCAUGGUUGGUUCGUGUCCCUUAGAUGCUGCGUACAAGUAUUUUAAGGGAAAGCCUCCAAUGUUCAGAUUUAUGCCUGAUAAGAAGCAGGUCAAGGUAGCCAAGAAGUUGCUUCGUGACGAUCAAGGUAGAACUGCUGCUCGAAUGUUCAGAGGUGUACCUGUGUUCACAGCACGAAACUUGACUAUUGCCAUGUCAACUCCUUCUGGUGUCCGAUGGUUUACGCCCUAUUUUUUCGACAAGCAACACCUUGACAAAUUGAUUGGGCACUCCGUCGAUCAUUAUUAUCAUAUGCUUAUCCAUGCUCGAAGAAUGCAGCGACAUAGUCAGAUUGCUGAUGACAUGUCAGGAGAUCAGCCAGAAGAUGAUCCGGAUGGUUUGAUGGAUCCUCCAGAGGUUCAAGAGUUUAUGGAGGAAAUGGGCCAAGGUGGAAAUCCCAUAUUCGAUUCGGUGCUGCUGAAAGCAGCGGAAGUACAAUUUCAUGACAUGGUAGACAAUGUGAUUUUGGGCAAUAGACUUAGUCGUCAAUUGGCCGGUCUUCAGCCUAGUUUUCCGGUCCUGGUUGACUCGUUCGAGAGAAGGGCUGCGGCUGCCGAAGCCGACCUGAGCGACGGACCCAGAAGCAGUAUAGCUAAUACGCAGCUUCGAUCGAAGGUUGAAGACGCCACGCGUUCUAGAGAUUCUGGACAUAGCGACGAUGGUAGUAGCUCUACUUCUGGGAGAGAUUCAGCUGACAUUGGAUUUUCCGACGGAAGAGUUCAAAAAAACGAACGGGCUGCCAAGACUCCUUUUCAACUUUUUGGCAGAAAUUGGGGUUUCCACCUUCAAGGUGGGCGGAAACGACAAGUACCUGAAGAAGACCCUGCUGACGAGAAGCUACAGGCGGAAGGGACAGCGGACAAUCUAGGUUCAAGGUGCACAGAGACAGCAGUAAGGAAGGAGGAGCCUAUCGAGAGAAUGCAGCCCAAGUUGACUAUGAUGGGCAUAGCGAUGACCGAACCAGAUAACGACAUGACUGAUGCAGUUCUACAGAAAGCUAUGGCCGCAGCAGCUAAAGAUAUUGAAAACAGAGUGCGUAAAGGAGAGGGCUCAGGAAUAGAACAUGGUCCUCUUUUCAUUGCCGAUUUAGGUGGCCCUCCAGAAAUAUGGGGACGAGAUGCUUCGUCUUUUCAAGGGUGGGAUAGUGAUGACAAUGAAUGAUCAUUUCCACAUGAAAGUCAGGCGUUGAUCACUCUUAACCUAUCUGCUCAUCCUUCAGGAAGUCAAGCCCACGUUGUAUCAGUAUUUUGUGAACUCCAUAGGUUUUGUAGUCUGGCAUAUCGGCUCCAAAACCGCUUCUCAGAAAGUGCUUACUCAGUGCAAAAGUACCAAGUUUUUGCUCUAUAGGAAUGAUCUUGUGACGUAUUACUUGCAACUUUAGAGGUAUUGUGUAUAUUGGUUUGGUUAGGUCAUUUCUAAGGUCAUUUGCCUGCUGAGGUGUUUAUAGGUAAUUUGACGGUAAGUUAAAAUUUAGAAAAUAUCAACUCUUGUCAACCCAGUCAACAAGGUUUUUUCUGACCAAGCUACUAUCACCGAGUGGCAUGAACUGGAAGAGGUUGAUUUUGGCGAUGUUUCUCAAAUGUCAAAGGUUCGUCUUUGCUGCCAAGCUUUUCAGCAUCUUAAGGCCUCCUCCAAGUGCUGGGAGUUUAUGACUUUACGCUUUGAAAAAAGCUAUGCAGUGAGGAAUAUUUCCAAGGCCAGGAGGUACCAAAUUGUAAUUGUAUAAUUGUUCUUAGUAUCCAGAUCUCGGAGGAAUAUAUAUUUGUGCCAGUCACUCGCCUUAGUCAUUUGGUGAGUUCGGGCUUGCCUUGAUCCGCUCGUUUGAAUCUUAUCAGUAGUAAACGC